AUGGCCACAGUCAGAGAAUAUGCCAAGAAAAGGAGAACACGCCUCCCAGGCCCGCGCCAGGGACCGGAGAAGGAUGGCCUGGUGCGCAUCUCAUCACCCAGCCCAUGCCACGUGCCUGUCCAGCAACACCGCCCAUCCCGUAGCCACAGCGACUGGUUCCGAGGAGGGUGCCCGACAGCAGGGACCCUGGGCGCGCCCCGCAAGAAAAGUGACCAAGUGCCGCCCUCGGCGCCUUCGUCGCGCUUCCCCGCCUGCCUCGCCUGUCUCCCCGCACCCUCCUGGGUCUGGUCCUUCUCUGUCCGCGGGAAGAUGCUCUUCAGUCCCCUCAAGCUCUAUCCCGGGACGUGCCGCCUGAACCUGAACCCCGAGGCCCUUGCUGAACUGCCGGGGGCCUGGCGCAUACCCUGCCCGGCCCCCUCCUCUGCUUGCAACGACGACUUCCAGUGUGUUGGGAACACGUGCUGUGCUGUUAGCAUCUGGAUUCGGGGCCUAAGGCUUUGCACACCCAUGGGCAGAGCAGGAGACAGCUGCCACCCACGGUCCCGUAAAGUUCCAUUUUUUGGGCGGAGGAUGCUUCACACGUGUCCAUGCAUGCCUGGCUUAGCCUGCUCAAGAGCUGCAGUCAACCGAUUUGUUUGUUUAGCCCGAAAGUAAUCACUUUAGAGUAGAAACUUGAAAUGUGAGCAGCCACAUGAUGCCUGUAAAAUCUAUUCCUUGCUAUUGUUCCAGACAUAUAGUGUGCCAGACAGAAAAGCUAGUGCUUCCGCAACCUUCCAAGUGACAUUUCUAGCUUUGAUUUUUAAAAGACCUCUUUUUACUGAAAAACAUUUAGUUUGGGGUAGAAAUGUAACGUUCAAGGCAUUAUGGAACUGGUUCUCAUUUCCCUGUUUGUGUUAGGAUUUGGUUUGGCUUUUUUUAAUGCCAAUAACUCACCCAUUUUCACAAAAAUGAGGACAAUAAGAAUUUGAUAUUUUGUUACAGACACUUCUUUUUUCUUAAACCCUUCUCUCCCAUCCCUGCCCCCCACACACAUCCUUGCUCACCCUUUGGUCUCUCACUCCUCAAAGAAUUUUAAGGCCCUCACUUUGUUCUUUGCCAUUUACCUCCCUAUCCUUGUGGCAUUUUAAAAUAUGUGUGUGGUGGGGGAGGGGUGUCCAUAUCGUCCAGUUUGCUGGUGGAGUCACUGAUGAAAAUCAAGCUUCUUGAUGAUGUUUAAGCAGUGACGAGUGGAGAGCUACACUAGACCCCUCAGCAUCUCUGACAUGGAGUGAGGGUGGGAGCUGCUAGACGCCCAUGGAGCCCGUCUGCGCAGGCCUCAGGUCUGCUGGGACCGUGUGAGGACAAAGGAAUGGAGGGACAAAUUAAUUUAGUCCAGAUUGAUAGGUGGAUUUUUAAAGAAUUCCUGAUACAGCAGUGUUUUCAGCUGGUGUGCCCCUGCACACUGGUGAGCCACAAGAAUUUUUGACACCUGCAACACCUGCCUCUUUCCCUUAGAUUGUCAAAUUAAAAAUGACAACAGCUAACACACAAUAUCCAUCUGGUGUGAACGACUCAAAUUUAUACUUUUUUUUUGUCAGACUGGCAAAAUAUUCUUUUUGGCGUGCUGCAGAGGUUCAGUAAUUAGUUUAUGUGCAAGUCGCUACAGUACAGUAUUACAUAAUUUCUUUUUUAUGAAGCUAAUUUUAUUAGAAAACUCUUGUAGUUAGAGAUGUUCCCAAAAAUGUCACUUGAAGAGGAAGUACUGGUUUUAUUAUGGCAUAAAACUAGUUAUCCUUUUAAAAUUGGUUUUAACUUGUAAUUUAAACUUCAUUUGUAACCAAAAGUUCUAUCGUAAUGGAUUGCCUGCCAUUUGUACCUGUAUCACUAUUGCUGUGUAAAAAUUCUGUAUCAGAAUUUCUGUAUCAAAAAUCCUGUAUCAGUACUGUAUACCCCUUGAUUUAUUUUAAUAUUAUAUCCUUAUUUU